AAUCUCACAGUCUCAAUGGACCUGAAUACACCGAUUGGACAACUCAGCAAGUUAUAACCGACAUGCGGGGUAUAUGCUGACCUCGGUCGACUGUUUCCCCGCAUAAACUAUCAUAUAUUCACCGCCUAGACAAGGCGUACCUCAGCUAUCCAUUUAAUCCAGGAUAUUCUUCUUAACUCAGGAUACAAAUUAGAACAAGGCAAAGCAGAGCUAAAAUGGUGGUCUUUCAGUCAGAUAGACCACAUAUCAACAUCCCCAAGGAUAUCACAAUCUGGAAAUGGCUGUUUGACUCGCGCUACUCCCCCCUAAACUCCAACAGCCCCGACAACCUCGGCGCCUUCAUCAAUGCCGCCACAAAGGAGAGCAUUCGCUAUGACGCCCUCAAGGAAUACACAACUUAUGUCUCCACUGCCCUGGUGCGCGACUAUGGCCUCCAACCAGGGGAUACCGUUGCCCUCUUCAGUCCGAAUACGAUUUGGUAUCCAGUUGCGAUGCUAGCCACUGUCCGUGUUGGGGGCAUAAUAUCUGGCGCCUCACCAGCAUACAACAUCGAGGAAAUGACAUAUGCUCUAAAAACCGGCAACGCAAAAUUCCUCAUGACCGUCCCUUCUGGCAUGGACGUUGCAAUCCCCGCUGCCCGGGAAGCCGGGAUUCCUCCCGAGCGGAUCUUUCUCCUUGAAGGCCAGAGGGGUGACUAUCUAUCCGUUCAGGACCUUGUCAAGAAGGGCAGACGCUAUGGACCCACUGGGCAGAUAACUCCCUUUGAGCUUCCGAAGAACAAGACGAAUCGAGAUGUGUGUGGCUUUUUGAGUUUUAGCUCAGGGACCACGGGGCUGCCGAAGGCCGUGAUGAUCGCCCAUCACAACGUCAUCGCACAAUGCAUGCAAGUCGACCAGCUUCUCCGGAAGGAUGUGAAGAAAUCCCUGGCUGUAUUGCCUUUAUUUCAUAUCACCGGCCUCGUUCACCAAAUGCAUCUCCCUAUAAUCCGGAAUAGCACCGUGUACAUGCUCCCCUCCUUCACCAUGGAGUCCAUGCUGGCCACAAUAGUCGAAUACCAAAUCACCGAAAUCCUCUCCGUGCCCCCCAUCAUCAUCCGUCUUCUAACCGACCCAAUUGUCUCCAACUAUGACCUCUCGCACGUGAAGACCUUUUCUUCCGGCGCAGCUCCUAUUUCAGGUGAAAUCCUCCAGAAGCUCAAGGCCCGUUUCCCCUGGACAGGGUUCAAGCAGGGGUAUGGGAUGACGGAGUCCUGCAGCUGUAUCACAGCUCAUCCGCCGGAGAAGCAGACGUAUGAGUAUGCGCAACGGGCGGGGAUAAUUGUUGCCAACACUGAGGUCAAGAUUCUGGACCCUCAAACAGGGAAGGAGAUGGGGCCUGGUGAAGAGGGUGAGAUCCUGGCCCGGGGGCCCCAGGUGGUCAUGGGGUAUUUGGGGAAUGAGAAGGCAACGCGGGAAACGUUUGAUGCAGACGGGUGGUUGCAUACUGGGGAUGUGGGCUUUAUGGAUCCGGAGGGCUUCCUUGUCAUUACCGAUCGGAUCAAGGAGAUGAUUAAAGUGAAGGGGAUUGGGGUUUCGCCAGCUGAAUUGGAGGACUUGUUGCUUGGACACCCUGUGGUGGAUGAUGCGGCGGUCACGUCGGUGGCAGAUGAUUAUUCGGGGGAGAAGCCGAAGGCCUACGUUGUGGUUAAGGCUGCGGCAAAGCCUAGACUGGCGACGGAGGAUGGCGUGAGGGCUGUUGGGAAGGAGUUGAUUGAGUAUGUCAGGGCGAAGAAAGUGCGCCAUAAAUGGAUUGUCGAGGUGGAGUUCAUGGAUGAGAUUCCGAAGAGUGCGAGUGGCAAGAUUCUACGGCGAGUGCUGAGAGAUCGGGAGAGAAAGAGGGAGAGUGGGGAGAAGAGGCUGGUUGUUCGGGAUCAGAAGGUGACCGCGAAGUUAUAAGUCGGUUAUCUCUAUACACAACAAGGCUGUCUAAC